AUGUGUAACAAGCACAGCAAGGAGUCAUCUUUAUUCAAUGAGUUUUCAGACAAGACAGAUUCUGUCUCCACAAAUACUGCCACUGACUUGGACAAGUAUGUGGAGAGCUUUGAUAAGAUAUUGUCAAACAUUGGCGCCUUGACUAAUGCCGUAGUUGAUGUUUCGGUUGAUGCAGGUAGAGAUUUGAAUGAAAAGGCAAGAGAGUGGUCCUCUACUUGGCUAUUCAAUCCUAGAGAUGCAGAUGACGACGUUGAUGGUGUGCACAAGCCACACUUUUUCAACUUCCCUCCAUUUUAUCAAAACAGGGAUCCCGACUUGUCUUUGGAGUCACGCCAAUUGCCUUUACUGAGCUUAUGGAGAAACAGCUUUGGGGCGCGGUUCCCUCUGUUGGGAUCUACUCCCUUUGGAUAUCGCGCUUACAAGGGUCCAUCGACGAGACAAUACAACGAGUGCUUGGAUAAGCAAGGAAGGGCCUUGUGGGAUGAUCAAGGGUACUGGAGAUGUCUCUUUCCUGAAGCUGAAGUUCCGGUAGACGUGUUGGAUUUUAAGAAAAAGUAUUUCGGAGAUUCAGUGGUUUCGAAAGACGAUUUCUUCAAGUAUAUGAGUGAGCUUGGAGUGAGCGACAGCAGCAAAGUGAUUGACUUGAAAGACAAAGGUACAUUUUUCAACACUUAUGAGGAUUACUUGGCUUGGAGGCACGAAAAGUAUUCGGAAAUGAAAAAGAAGAGAGAGGAAGACGCCAAAGCUAGGGCAGCUAAGAGAUCCAAAGUGUUGGAGCUGUUGAAGCAGAAGCAGGGUGAAGCUUCCAGUAGUGGCAGGUAUGUCACGUCAACGUCGGUCAAGUCUAAUGUUUUCACAGACUCGGACACAAACGAAGUAAAGUAUCUUGAGACUAGACAAGAGUGUUUCAAUGACGGCAACUGUGUUGUCACCAAGGUCACUAAACUGAAGCCGAUUGGUGCCACCGACUGGGUCAACGUUGAGGAGCACACUGAAAGCACUCCUACCGGAAGUGGCGCAAAUAAGGGUUGGUUUUGGAAAUGA